AUGGAGGCACCCCUUGAGAACCAGAGUGAUCGACGUGCUCUGCGCCUUGAAGAGCAGCCCCCAUUGGCAGCGAAGCAACUGCAGGCCAACUACGGCAUCGGCUAUGCGAUGCUUGUCAACAUGGGCUACUCGGGGGGAGGUCCAACACCUCUCUGUGGAGUGAAGCGCUUGACUCGGGCCGGGCUGCAAGAAGAUGAGGCCAUGGUCGUGGACGCUACGAUGAAGCGAGGCGUCAAGCGCAGGAUGGAGCAAUGGGCCAGGCUAGACAAUCAGCGCCAAGGCCAAGCAGAGUUUGAUACAGAGGAGGGGGAGGAUGCCGAGAGUGUUGACGAAGACGAGGAGCUGUGUGGACUUGGGAAGGCCCUGGUCCGGGAGCUUCGAUCCACGCGAGAGAAGAAGCUGAGUAUUCCGCAGCUUGCGAAGAAGCCACGAGUCCUGAGGGUGCUCGAUCUGUGGCAAGUCGAAGCCGAUCUCGAACGCUUCCUCAAGCAGUUCGUUCGCGACGAGCUCCAAUCCAUAUGUGAACUGGUUCGAUCGUCAGGAAUUGCCAUCAAGAAGAUCACGAACAAGACUUCGCGGUUUGCACGUGCCUGCGAGGAGGCUUGGGUGGUGCACUUGAAGGGCCAGAAGCAGAAGGAGCAGAAGGCGGCCGUGCCGAGCCCGGCUGGGGCCGGGGCUGCUCUCGGAACUGGUCCCUCAGCGGAGCCCCCCGCAGACAGCCUUUAUCCAGAUGACUGGGGAGUUGAUGUCGGCACAGGUUGGUUGUCGCAGCCAGCUCCGGAAGCAGAGCCUACACCAGCGAUUUAUGGUCCUUUGCGACUUUGA